UUAAACUCAAAGCUUUGAAAUUCUGAGAACGAAAGAACAGGAGCCCAAACUCGCGAGGCGGUCGGGUCGUCUUCCUCCUUCGAAUCGGCUUCGUGCAUCUCCCGGCUCGCUCUGCUUCCGGCGAUGGAAACUGAAGGAGGAGCAGCAGCAGAUGGAUCCGACUCCGCCGACGUCUCCGCACUGCGCAAGAAGCAUCUAGCGAUGCUCGAGCGCCUCUCGAACCGCCACCAGCCUCGCCCCGACGUGCCCGGCCCCUCGCCGCCCGCCUCCGCCGCCUCCUUCGAGUCCACCUCGUCCUUCCUUUCCCUCUUCGGCGAGUCCAGGAGGUCCAUCGAGUCCCGCCUCGCCCGGUGCCGGCUCGCCGACCCGUCCCUGCUCAAGCCCAGUUUCGACGAGAUCUCCGCCUCCAUCGCCGACCUCGAGAAGCUCGUCGCGGAGAGCUCCUACUACCUGCCCUCCUACGAGGUCCGGUCCUCUCUGAAGACCAUCUCCGAUCUGAAGCAGGCCCUCGACAACCUGAGCUCCGAGCUGAUCCCCAAGAAGAAGUUCUCUUUCAAGAACAAGCCCGCAAGGAAGGAACCGACCGCGUCCUCGUUGAAGGGAGCCGAAGCGGAAACUCGCGAUUCGAGGCCAGCCGCGAAAGCCGGGAGCUUGGCGGUCGCCGUGCCCGAUUCGCCGGGUUUUAGGAACAGGGCAAAUGAGGUUCUGGCGAAGGACGUGAGGGGACUGGAGAUCGGCGAGUUCACGCUGUCGGAUCUGGAGUCGUGCGAGGUGAGGCUGAUCGGGUGCGCGAGGGCGCUGUUCGUGCACAGGUUGAGGAACUGCAGGGUCUACGCUGGGCCCGUGACCGGAUCAGUCCUGAUCGAGGAGGCGGAGGAUUGCGUGUUCGUGCUGGCGUCGCACCAGAUAAGGAUUCACAACGCCAAUGCGAGCGAUUUCUACUUGAGGGUGAGGAGCAGACCCAUCAUCGAGGAUUGCUCGGGAGUGAGGUUCGCGCCGUGUCGUCUCCAUUACCGGGGAAUCGAGCGGGAUCUUGAGGACGCCGCGCUCGGCGAAGAAACCGGGAAUUGGUCCAAGGUCGACGAUUUCAAGUGGUUGAGGGCCGCACAGUCUCCGAAUUGGUCAGUUUUGCCCGAGAACGAGCGCAUUGAAACUAUUGACAUCUCCGAUGUGUCUGCUUGAGAGCUCGUGAUGGCGUGAGAUUGUGCCGAGAUUCCGGUGGAGUUUUGUCUGUCUGUUCUGUUAAUUGGCUUGUGUUGAUUCGACUGAUCUUCAUCCUCUUCA